UUCUCUCACUUGAGCUCUGAGACUCAGGCAGUCAGUCCAAAGAAAUUUUAUUACAGCAGCAGGCGAAAUUCGCCCUUCUUCUGUGGAGAUUGAGCUGAACCAAAUAUUGUUAUGUUUUUCACACUAUGUGCUGAACGCCCACAAUGUCAGGAAAUAUUUAAGAACCGUGAUCUUUGGAAGAGCUUUAUCAGUUCCAGUGGAACCUUUAGGACUUACUGUCAUAUCGUUUUACGCAAAACGCACAGAGACACAAAUGCAGCAAUAAGAAAAGAUCUUGGGGACCGGUGCAUCACAGACCGCGCUUCGCUACAAUGCCCGUGCAAGCCCCGCAAUGGACUGAGUUUCUGUUGUGUCCCAUCUGCACACAAACCUUCGAGGAGAGCCACCGCAAGCCCAUCAGCCUGGGCUGCGGCCACACUGUGUGCAAAAUGUGCCUGAACAAACUGCACCGCAAGGCCUGCCCGUUUGACCAGACCACCAUCAGCACGGACAUCGAGCAGCUGCCCGUCAACACAGCGCUGUUGCAGCUCGUCAGCGGACAGGUACCCAAAGCUCCCCCCGUCACCUUACUGACAGCUGCAGAGGAAGUCAAGCACUAUGAGGAGUCUCGCACAUGUGUGGAGGACCUGGCCCUCUAUCUCAAACCCCUGAGCAACACCAGAGGUGCAGGGCUGAAUGGCGCCGCUCAGAGCGUUCUCAGCAGACCCAUGCAGAGGAAGCUGGUGACUCUGGUUCACUGCCAGCUGGUGGAGGAGGAGGGCCGCAUCCGGGCCAUGCGGGCGGCCCGCUCUCUGGGUGAACGUACUGUAACUGAGCUCAUCCUCCAGCACCAGAACCCCCAGCAGCUCUCCUCCAACCUGUGGGCCGCCGUCAGAGCCAGAGGCUGCCAGUUUCUCGGCCCUGUAAGAGUGACCAAACGUGACGAAGAUUCCUCCUUGAUGCAGCUGAAGGAUGAGUUUCGCACAUACGAGGCUCUUCGGAGGGAACACGACUCUCAGAUCGUUCAGAUCGCGAUGGAGGGCGGACUGCGUAUCGCCCCUGACCAGUGGUCAUCUCUACUGUACGGUGACCAGUCGCACAAAUCCCACAUGCAGUCCAUCAUAGACAAGCUGCAGACACCAGCAUCCUUUGCUCAGAGUGUGCAAGAACUCACCAUCGCCCUUCAGAGAACCGGAGAUCCAGCCAAUCUCAACUGCCUCAGACCCCACCUGGAGCUCCUGGCCGACAUCGACCCCAGCCCAGAUGCCCCUGCACCCACAUGGGAGCAGCUAGCCAAAGGGCUGGAAGCGGUGCGGACCGUCGUUCACGGCCUGGUGGAUUUCAUCCAGAACCACAGCAAAAAAGGAGGGGAUCAGCAGCAGCCACCUCAGCACAGCAAAUACAAGACCUACAUGUGUCGGGACAUGAAACAAAAAGGCGGCUGUCCUCGCGGAGCAAGUUGCACCUUCGCUCACUCUCAGGAAGAGCUUGAAAAGUACCGUAAGAUGAAUAAACGUUUGGGAAUGAGGCGACAGCUCAGCCAGUCCCUGACCCAGCUGAACGAGAUGGACUUCGGCGCCGGUCUGUUGCCUGACGAGGGGCCUCCGAUGGAGGGAAUCCCACGCAAACACUCCUCCAUCACUAACGUCAUCCUAGCAACAGGACCUGAUUCCACCUUGGCCCACCUGGUUUCCAGAGGCUCGGACCCGUCAUAUGACCCAACACACAAACCAGGGAAGAUGGAGUCUGGGAGCCUCAGUGCACCUGGCUCACCUCCAGACUCAUUGGAAUCCAUCCCAAAACCAGGGAUGCUCAUAAAUUCCCACUGCAGGGUAGCGGGCGAAGGCGCAGUCGGACAGAAGCACAUGCCUGCGGUGCCUAGAGUUCCUCACAUGUACUCACCACACCAGUCUGAACGGUAUUACUCUGAUACAAGAGGCCCUCUGCCACCCUCCGCCCAAUAUGAAUCCUCCCAGUACCCUGCAGGUAAUCCUUAUCCUCACCACCAUGUGCACCCACGCUACGCCCGCCACCCGACUCCAGAUCCAGGCAUGCCACCAUAUCCGGACUCCUAUUCCAGCUCCUACACUUCAGAGCGCCAGUGCGCCAACCCCAGCUCUCAUUACGGAUACCCUUCACACCAUGACGGCCGUCGCCACUCAGCCUACGCCCAUCCCCAGACAUUCCCCCCACGGGAGGAACUGGUGCGAAGGAGUCCGGAUGUUCCCCCGCCGCUACCACCCCAAAACGCUUCGUACCUGCCAGAGCCAGACAACUAUAACCACUCCAGUCACAUCAGGAAUUACCCGAGGAAUGCCUACACACGACCUCAGCCCUCCCUAGACUACUUGCACCGCCGAAGACAGGAGAUCAUGGCCCAGCUGGAGGAGAGAAAGGUGGCUUCCCCGUCACCCUUCAGCUCCUCACACUCAUACGACCCCAGCUACCCUCAGGACAUGAGGGGGCAGAGCCAUAACCCGAGCUCAGUCAUGUCCCAGCCGUCUCGAGUGGACUGGUCGUCUGGGAAUUUGUCCAGUGAACAGCUGAGUCUCGAGCUGCACCAGGUGGAGAGAGAUAUCGUCAUGAGGACACAGGAGAUGGCCAUGGAGAACCACGAUGGCAAGUACAAGCGGGUCUCAGUGGAAAAUGGACAAGACGAACACACUCUGCAACGAGAUGAACAUCUACUCACUCUUAGUGAGGGCUCAAACGGCUCCAUCGCUUUGGUCCAGGACUGUGGUCUCGUCAGCAGCAGCUUGUCCUCGUUGACCAGCAAGACGUCAUCUCUCAGUUUGUCCUCCGAACAGGUGGCCAGCAGCCCUGAUUUGCCCAAGAACGGAGUCGUCCACUCCUAGCUGGCUCUUUCUACCUCAGAUUCCCCUUCCGCAACCACCACCCCUCUAUUAUGCCAGGUUAACCCUCUAGAGUAGGAUGAUCCAUCAUCGCUGUAUUCAUUUGCUUAAUCCUGAGCGCUUAGCUUCCUCCGCUGACCCUCAAACACCCAUCAGGCAAAUAUGGGUGGGAUUCACUGUGCAUGUGCCUCAGCAGACUUGCACAGUCAUGCCCUGAUUUAGUUUCUUUUUACAGCAGUAUCUGCUGUCGAGUAUUUUCUUCCUGUUUUUUUGUUCACCUCCUUCCCGAAACUAGCCUUUUUCAUAGCCGCGUAAAUCAGGGUGAAUCCGAAAAAUUCACAGUCUUAAGUGUAUGUCAGACAACAUAUAAGAUGAUCUCAGUUAUGUUGUUUAACUAUCAUUAAUCCACUAUCUUGGGUUUCAAAAUUGCAUUUUUAUCAUUAUGUGCUACGUUUUCGGUAGUUACGCUCUUUGUCGUGCUUGGUGUGGCGUUUACACUUCUGUCAGAGUUUACAGUGUUUAAAUAGAUUUUUUUUUUUUACAAUAACUGCAGGCUUGCUGCAUAUUCAACCAAUUUUGACGGUUUAAACUAUGUAUCAUGUUUCAUACAUUAGGCUUCAUUUAGGCUUUUACAGUGUGAUUGCUGCAAUGCACAUUAUUGUCUGUUAUAGAAAUACUCGUAAACCCCAAUGUUCACUGAUUUGACCUCAAUUGCUCUCAUGCCAACAAACCCAAAAGCCUUUUCCAGUCUUAAUAGGGCCCUUGUAUUGUUUUCAUCAUAUUACACUACACUGCCUGUGGGAUUUCAAUUGAACCGCCUGUAAUCAUCAUUUUCUGUGGUAAUGUCCUCAGGGAUGCAUUAUUCGGCCUCUAUAUUUUGUGGACGUGAAUAGAAAUAAUCCAGGUUACUCUGGUUUUUUCAUAGUGGGUAUAGUUAAAUUUUUCCAUCCUGAGGAUGGAAAGAAAGCCACUACGGUAAUGCAUUCAGAUGCAUUCUGUUGUAAGAGUGCGUAUAUACUACUCUUCACUUUGUCAGUGAAAUUACGAUCUUCAGAUCAAGCCACAUUUUUGUUUAGUUUUUUUGUAUAUGUGAUGUUUCUCAUCCUGAAAGAUGUGGCGUAUAUUCAAAGCAAAAAGAAAGACUUUGAUCCAGUUGUAGCCACCUCAAGACUCUCCUUCAUUCUCCGUUUCGUCUUUGAAGUUUAAAGAACGUUGUUUUGAUGGGCCGGUUCGAUCGAAUUCCCCUACAGGCUGGGCUCAAGCGUGUACAUCACAGUUCUCCUGGACUUCAUUUUAAUACUGAUCGGGGGAUUAACUGAGCUCCUAUACUUUGCUUUACUGUCACAUGUCUUGCAGGAGACUGUUUGGACUUGAAAAGCUUGGACUCCUUACCUUUGAAAGGAAUAGUUCACCCAAAAAGUAGAACAAAAUCAGAACAGAUUUGGAGAAAUUU